AUGUCGACAAGUGCGGACUUGCCGGACCCGCAGGAGCUCACAGCGCUGCCGCCUCUGUCCCCCACCAUGGAGCGUGCCUUCUCCGAGGCCUUCGCGGACAUGUCGGAGCUUGAGAAGAGCGAGGACGCCACUGUCAUAAAACUGGAGACGCCUGAAAUCCGCAGCAUGAGUCCCAGUGGGUCCAAGAAACAGACAGCAAAGGACUCAGUCGAAGCCAAGCGUGCAAGACGCUCCGCCAUUGAGAAAAAGUCGAGGCAAAGGCGUCAAAGUAUUCUCAAAAGGAUGAGGGACGAGCUCCAGCAGAAAUACUCAGAGCUGACGCUGGUGGCUCAUGCACUGGAAGAGGAUCAGGAAGAUCUGCAAAAACUGCUUCAGCAGCAUGAAGAGUUCCAGAAGGCGGUCAGGAGCCUGUCGGACGAAGACAUGGAAGAGAGGAACCGCAUCUGGGACACUGGAGUACCGCCUAGUGCGUCCUUUAAGGCGAGAUUUAAGACGCUGACUAUGGCAGAGUGCUACGCACUGGUACGCGAGUCGCACGAGGAGAUUCAGAGAUUUAGCGACGCUGAGCACUUCGAGACAACAGGAGCGAACUUCAUGGGCUGGACAGAUAAAAGGAAGUACGACUCGAGGACAGGGUCACUUCAGUAUGCAUUUACGAAAAAGUUCCCACUUGAGUCUCCUGAGGGUCUGCUUAUGAGUACCUGGGACAUUUUCUUGGAUGCCUCCAAGUUUAAAGACAUGUCGUUUGACAGAUCGGUGAACACGCGGUACCAAGUGCUGCAACAGAUGAAUGACGACCUGCGAAUUGUCCGGCGGGAUCACAGGAUCCCGAAUAUUGAGAUGACGUUCGCCACGGUUCAGAUUAUUUUCCGCCUGCAGACUCCUACAGGCUACACAUUGUGCAUGCGUACGAUCCCCGCACCCGAAAUUCAAGGCGUCCAGGACCAACACGAAUAUUUUUACGACGUUUACCACUGGACACAUUUCAAUCGACUGUAUGAUGAGUUCGGCAACCCUGCGGGAUGCGAGAUUGUUGCAGCAGGCUCCAUCGCCGACCAGAAUCAGCUCAAGUCUACGUAUUGGCUGUUCGAGCUCGUGUGUUCCAUUUUGCGCUGGGAGACAGCGUGCGUCGCGCCGCUGUUCCUCAAGCAGAUUUAG